AUGUCUAAAGCACUUCGUUUCGCACCAGCUGUAAAAGAAUUACGUUUACAUUUAUGUCAAAAAUCAUCGACUAGUGAAGGUGUACGACAAUUUAUCGAGAAGUUUUAUGUGAAUUUAAAAAGCCAAAAUCCAACAACACCAAUACUCAUACGAGAAUGUUCAAAUAUAAAUCCAACAUUAUGGACACGAUAUGAAUAUGGAAUUGAAAAACAAAUUCCAUUAACUGGUAUGAAUGCUAAUCAAGUAUUCAAUGCUAUUGAAAAUUUAACAAACAAAACGAAUUCAACAACUGCAAAUCGUUUGCCAAAAUAA